GAAAAUUUUCAUCAGUACAGUUUCGCUCUGCUCGUGAAUAAUUUCAUAAUUAUAUAACAAAAAAUGUCUGGACGUGGUAAAGGAGGAAAAGUAAAGGGGAAGGCAAAGUCCCGUUCAAAUCGUGCUGGAUUGCAGUUCCCAGUGGGUCGUAUUCAUCGUCUGCUCAGGAAGGGAAACUAUGCCGAACGUGUUGGAGCUGGAGCACCCGUUUACCUGGCCGCAGUGAUGGAAUAUUUGGCCGCUGAAGUGUUGGAAUUGGCAGGAAAUGCCGCUCGUGACAACAAGAAGACCAGAAUUAUCCCACGUCAUCUGCAGUUGGCUAUCCGUAAUGACGAAGAAUUGAAUAAGCUGCUGUCGGGUGUAACUAUUGCUCAAGGCGGAGUUUUGCCCAACAUCCAAGCUGUUCUACUGCCCAAAAAGACCGAGAAGAAAGCUUAAAUAAACAACGAAUUCGAAUUACAUGAAAACCGAGAACCCAACCGUCCUUUUCAGGACGACAAAACAUUCUUAACUAAGAGUAACAAUAUUUUUGACGUAGGACUACGUCUAACCGGAAGAUAUAGGGGGUGAAAUGGAAAUCUAGGCA